AUGAACCUGCGCGGUGGCAACGUGUCGGAGUUGAUCACUAAUGUCGUCAGAGCCGCCGCCGCUCCGGAGGCCAACCCCUGGCCUCCACGUGGACUUGAGGAAAGCACCCUACGGGUCAAUAACGGGACAAACCCGGGGUGUCAAGGAAACGACGCGCUCCACAAUGGCAUCGACGCGCAGCUGGGGAACUGGUCUUUCCGUGAAGCCGGCGAGGAGGGGGCCGGCAGGAUUUACGAGUCUCAGUGUCCUCCCCAAGAGAUGGCGGCGGAGAAGAACUGGGCAGCGCUGCUGAUCCUAGUCGUCAUCGCCGUCACGGUCAUGGGCAACAUCCUGGUGAUCCUGGCGGUCUCCCUGGAGAAGAAGCUGCAGAACGCCACCAACUAUUUCCUGAUGUCACUGGCGGUCGCUGACAUGCUCCUGGGCAUCCUGGUCAUGCCGGUCUCCAUGGUGACCAUCCUCUACGAUUACGGGUGGCCCCUCCCGCCCGACCUCUGUCCCAUCUGGAUCUACCUGGACGUCCUGUUCUCCACAGCGUCCAUCAUGCACCUCUGCGCCAUCUCUCUGGAUCGAUACAUCGCCAUACGAAACCCGAUCCACCACAGCCGCUUCAACUCCCACACCAAGGCCCGCGUCAAGAUCAUGGCAGUGUGGACCAUUUCCGUGGGGAUCUCGAUGCCGAUUCCUGUGCUGGGACUCAGAGACCACUCCAAGGUUUUCAAAGAUGGCAGCUGCGUGCUGACGGACAACAACUUUGUGCUGGUCGGCUCCUUCGUGGCGUUCUUCGUGCCCCUCACCAUCAUGAUCGUCACCUACUUCCUGACCAUCAACGCCCUGCAGAACGAAGCCACCCUCUGCCUGGACCAGCUGGUGCCGCGGCCUAAGUGGAGCACGACGUUCACCUUGAGCUUCUUACCGCAGACCUCGCUGUCCUCUGAAAAACUCUUCAGACGCUCCAUAAGCCGCGAGGCCGGCGGCAGAGGAAGCAGCGGCGGCCUGGGAGGCGCCCGCGGGAGCGUGUCCGGCUCGCUGUUCGGACGCCGCACCAUGCAGUCGAUCAGCAACGAGCAGAAGGCGUCCAAAGUCCUCGGGGUGGUGUUUUUCCUCUUCGUGGUCAUGUGGUGUCCGUUCUUCAUCACCAAUGUGCUGGUGGUGGUGUGCGACCCGGCGGUGUGUGACGCAGGACUCAUGGGAGGCCUGCUGAACGUUUUUGUCUGGGUGGGAUACCUGUCCUCCGCGGUCAACCCGCUGGUCUACACACUGUUCAACAAAACGUACCGCGCGGCGUUCCUGCGCUACGUUCGCUGCCAGUACCAGCCGCAGAAGAAGCCUCUGCAGCUCAUAUUGGUGAACACCAUCCCGCCGCUGGCGUACAGCUCCACCCAGCUGCCCCUGGGCGACAUCGGGAAGCUAAGGAACGGAGCGCCGCACUCUGGUGGCGAGGAGAAGGAGCUCUAUUUACCCGGGCAGGAAAUGGAGACGCGUAGGCCGGACAAAAGCCACGGAGACAAAGACGAAAGCUGUGUGUGAGA